UGUUUUUUCUGUCUUUCUUUUUUGUAAAAGAAAAAAUGAAAUAACAAAAUAUUUUUAAUUAACUGUGUUACAUUUUUAGUGCAUUACAGAAAAAAAAACUCUAGCAUCUGGACUUCAGCAUGAACUCAAGCCACACUCAAAUAGACAUCACUCUGUGCUAUGAGUAUUUAAAUGGAUCUUGUCAUAAGGUUGUCUAUCCAAUGUUUUUGAGGGUGUCAUUUUACUUGGUCUUCAGCUUAGUGGUGAUUUUAACAGUGUUGGGAAACCUGUUUGUCAUCAUAACCAUUCUCCAUUUUAAGCAGCUGCACAUGCCAACUAAUUACCUUGUUCUUUCUCUAGCAGUAACUGAUCUGCUGCUGGGUGUUUUAUUUAUGCCUCCUAACAUGCUACGCUUUGUGGAGACUUGCUGGUAUUUUGGAACUUUAUUCUGUAAAGUACACAACAGUGUUUCCAUAAUGUUAUGUACAUCUUCAAUUAUAAAUCUGUCUUUUAUAUCCAUUGACAGAUAUUAUGCUGUAUGUCACCCGUUACUGUAUCACAGUAAAAUCACCUCCUUUGUCACAGUAAUUAUGAUUUCCAUCUGCUGGAGUGUUUCCACUGUAGCCGGAUUUGGAACAAUUUUUCUGGAUCUAAAUAUUCUGGGUGUUGAAGAGUUUUACUAUGAGAAUAUUGUUUGUGAAGGAGGCUGUGUGAUGUUUCAAAAUGCAGCUUCCACCAUUACUUGCAGUUUGCUGUCCUUCUACAUCCCAGGCAUUGUGAUGCUCUGUAUAUAUAUGAAAAUAUUCCGUGUUGCACAAAAACAAGCAAAGUCUAUUCAGGACUCAAAAUCCGCAAAGAACAAUAUAAAAUCAAUGUUAAACAAAGAGCAGAGAAAAGCCACCAAAACUCUGGCUGUAGUUUUGGGUGUAUUCCUCUCACUUUGGACACCGUUUUUCAUCUGUUAUAUCAUUAAUCCUUUUAUUGGUCACUCAGUUUCUCCAGUAGUGCUUGACACACUUGCUUGGAUUGGACUUAUGAAUUCUACUUGUAAUCCUAUCGUUUAUGCUUUCUUCUACAAGUGGUUUAGAAAAGCAUUCCGGAUCAUUUCAUCAGGUAAAAUAUUUCAGCCAGGGUCUUCAAGAACUGAUCUGUUUUCAAACUGAAACUGCAUGAAAUUGAAUGAAAUUGAAAUUGCCCUACCAAAUGCAAUAAUACAGGUAAUUGACAAC